AGUCGCGCAUGCGCAUUGCCGCUUGUGUAGCUGUCGGCGAUUGUGCCUUGGGUAAGCAUUUCACUAACUAAUUAUUCCUGUAUUCGUACUGAACGCAGUAAAGCCUCGACACAGUAUGCCCAUUUCUACUCAACUGGACUCGAACAUAGUAAAUGAAAGAUAUGUCCGGAUGAACUUUUGUGGGUGCACGUUGAAAUGGAACUGGCUAACUGAGCCUGAUAGACGCUAAAAAAGAGAAAAGAGUGGCGUGUUAGCGUCCCAUCGUUGAGAAGAGGUCGAUUGCAAAGUGUUGCGAUUGUGGAGGGAACAUGUGUGCAAGAAAGACAGCAGAAUAUAAGGAAGGACUUUGUGGAACAAAGGUGGACAAGGAGCGACAACGUUACCGUUUCAAGUUGGAACCUCGAGUUGUCUUCGACAGAACAGAUCUCAAACAAGAUGAUUUUGGUCCUGAGCAGGAGUCCGAGUCCCUCCAAAUAAAAGAGGAGGAGGAGCCAGAUUCCAUUCAAAUUAAAAAGGAGGAGGAGCCAGAUUCCAUCCAAAUUAAAGAAGAGGAGGAGCCGGAGUCCAUCCAACUUGAAAAGGAAGAGGAGCCAGAGUCAAUCGAAGUUAAAAAGGAGGAGGAGCCAGAGUCCAUCAAAGUUAAAAAGGAGGAGGAGCCAGAGUCCAUCGAAGUUAAAAAGGAGGAGGAGCCAGAGUCCAUCCAAAUUAAAGAGGAGGAGCCAGAGCCUCCUCGCAUAAAAGAACAGCAGGAGGAUGAAAUCAAUUUUCCAUUGCCCGGUGUCAUUAUGAAGAGUAAAAGUGACGGAGACCACUGUGGAGGCUCGCAGUCAGACGGCUUCUUGGCUCCACUUUCAGAUGGCGACGACAUUGAGUCACACUCAUCUGACGACGCUGGCGAUAAAGAUGAACACUGGAAAAGUGCUUCGACAUGUCACACUAACGACAAAUUAAUGAAAUGUUCUCAGUGUGACAAAGCUUUUUUCAACAAGUCAACCUUGAAAGUACACUUAAGAACACACACUGGAGAAAAGCCUUUUGGCUGCUUAGAUUGUGGUAAAAUAUUUUCUAGAAAGGGAGAUUUAAGAGAGCACGCAAGAACACACACCGGGGAAAAGCCUUUUGCCUGCUCACUCUGUGAGAAAAGAUUUUCUCGUAAGGGGCGUUUAAAAGAUCACUUAAAAACACACACCGGAGUAAAACCUUUUGCCUGUUUAAUUUGCGGUAAAACAUUUGUUUCAAAGACACAUUUAAACAUGCACACGGUGACACACACUGGGGAAAAACCUUUUGUCUGCUCCGUUUGUGAGAAAAGCUUUUCGAGAAAGACACAUUUAAACAGGCACACCAAAACGCACACCGGGGAAAAACCUUUUGCCUGCUCAGUUUGUGAGAAAAUGUUUUCUCGAAAGGGACAUUUAACAGAACACUUGAAAACACACACUGGAGUAAAACCUUUUGCCUGCUUAAUUUGUUUUAAAAGAUUCUCUUCUAAGACACAUUUAAGCAGCCACAGGAGAAGACACACUGGGGAAAAACCUUUUGCCUGCUCAGAUUGUGGUAAAAAAUUCCCUGAAAAGAGGGAUUUAAGACAGCACACACAAACGCACACUGGCGAGAAACUGUUUGCAUGCUCAGAUUGUGGUAAAACGUUUUCUCGAAAGGGAAAUUUAACAGUUCACAUAAGAAAACACACUGAGAAAAAACCAUUUGCCUGCUUAGUUUGUGUGAAAAGAUUCUCUUCAAAGACAUAUUUAAGAAGCCACACAAGAAGACACACUGGAGAAAAACCUUUUGCCUGCUCAGAUUGUGGCGAACGAUUCCCUGAAAAGAGGUAUUUGAGGAAGCAUGCAGAAACGCACAGUAAUGGCAUAUGCAAACAGGCUUAUGAAGAAAAGUCUGAAGAAAUACAUGGAGGCAAUCCCCGAUUAUCCAAGCACCCAAGAUAUCCACUCUCAAAGGAAAGGUAACCAUUUUGAAAAGCGCUCUUGGAUACGAUGCGAACAAUGGUUCGGGUGUAAUAACAAUUCACAUAAAACACACUGUACAAAAACCUCUGUUUUUGGUAAAAGGACAAUUAAAAAGACACACACUGGGGGGGGGGGGGUGUCUGAUGCAUUCAUUCAUUCAUCUUCCAAACCACUUUAUCCUCACUAGGGUCGCGGGGGGGUGCUGGAGUCUAUCCCAGGUGUCUUCGGGCAGUAGGCGGGGGACACCCUGAAUUGGUUGCCAGCCAAUUGCAGGGCACACAGAGACAAACAACCAUGCAAGCCCACACUCACACCUAGGGACAAUUUAGAGUGUUCAAUCCGCCUGCCAUGCAUGUUUUUGGAUGUGGGAAGAAACUGGAAUACCCGGAGAAAAACCCACACAGGCCCGGGGAGAACAUGCAAACUCCACAUAGGGAGGCCGGAGCUGGAAUUUAACCCGGUACCUCUGCACUGUGAUGUUGACAUGCUAACCACUGGACUAACUGGCCGCUAGAACUGUGUUGAUUGUUUUGAAAAAUUAAUUUUCCAAAAUGUUGUCUUGUGUGGUAUAUUACCUUUUAUUUCUGUUCUUUUUUGUCUAUUUGUUUGUAAAUGCCUUUGAGUGUUAUGCUUUUAAUUAACCUUGCGUAUGAAAUAAAGCCGAGUGUGAAUGCGUUGACCA